AUGCUCAGCGGCGCCGACUCGGCCCAGGGCCGUCCCCGCAAGUUCACCAUCCAGAGCCAGUUCGGCCGGGCUCGACUGCCGCGGAGCCGCAAGAACCGGCCCUGCGACGCCUGCCGGAGGCGAAAGACGGCGUGUGUGAUCCCUUCGGAGCCUCCUUGUCUCUUCUGCAAGAGCAGGGGACUGACGUGCAAAUCUUCGCCUACUCCUGAUGAGAUAUCAUCUCAACAAGAGAGCGCCGCCGACAACUCUUCGCCGAGUCUAGCACGCCGUAGCGUCUCGCACUCCAGUCCGGCAGACACGAUCCAGUCGUCUGCAGGCUUGAGCGCCGCUGGAGAUUUGAGUCUGGAACAGCAGUCCUCUGGUUCCGCCGCCGUGGUACAUCAAGGCCUGGUUGGCCAGAAUUCAGAUGGCUUGGACCAACCCUCAUAUGGUGUCUCUCCUCCGGUCCCUAUUCUAUCAAACGGUCCUCUUCACACUCUCGAGGACAACUUCAAUAGGACCGCUCACUCCAUGGGACCUUCGGCUGAGCAAGAUACCUACCUCUUGGAUGCCUUUAGGUGUCUCAUUAUAAGUGAGAACGAUGAGAUUGAUGCCAAUAUCAUCCAGGUUUAUCCAGGAGGUCCUUCGGCAGACGAUCGUCCCGUCCACUUUUUGCUGUUGGAGAAUGAAAAUCCUGACUUCACCAAUGAGGCAAAGCAAAGUGCAUCGGAUGGGACUGAGAGGCUGGUGUGGCCUUAUGGCGAACGCUUAAUACGCUUAUACUUCAAGCACGUUCAUCCCAUAUACCCUGUUGUCACCAAGGGCCGCUUCCUUGCCCAGUAUAAAAGCAAUCGGAUGAAGAUUCCCGCGUCAUUGCGCGGUGCAAUAUACGGCCUGGCAUGCGUCUUCUGGGACCGCGACCCUACCAUCAAGGAGGCCUGUCCUUUCCAGCAGCAUCAAUGCAUAGAUCACGCUCAUGAGGCGCUCAGGCGUGAGCACGAGAAUCCUACUCUCUUCAGCUUACAAGCAGGCCUUUUGCUCCAUCACAUCACGCCUCCCGACGUCGACAGUGUUGAGACGCCGAGCAUGUGGACCAUGACGGCACAAACCACUGCGUGUGCCCAAACGAUAGGCCUUCAUCAAGACCCUACUCGAUGGAGCAUUGAGGAUUGGGAGAAGAGAGUGAGAAAGAAGCUCUGGUGGGCGGUAUACGCUGCCGACUGUUGGUCUGCAAUCUGCCACGGGAAUCCUCCACACAUAAGCCCAACCACAUUCAGCACACUUCCACCUGACAUGGACGAUAUUCGAGCCGAUGAGACUGUCCCUGAGGAUUUGCGAUACUUGGUUGAGCCCGAGGACGCCGUCUUCCAAGCUUCAGUUGGAGCUCGAUUUUUGCAGUUUAUAAAUCUGACCAUUGUUCUGAGGGACGUGUUGGAUUGUGCCUUCCAAGUUCGACCCAAUCCAUCAACCCUCGCCGAUAGAACAAUGCAACUCGUCAUGAUGAGAGAUAAAUUCAAUGAUUGGCAUAGCCUGCUGCCGCAAUGCCUCGCUCUUGGUCCCGAAAGAGGCCCAGACACAAUCAGCAACUGCCCCCUGCAUCUCACAUACUACGCCACUCAGGCCCUCUUAUACCGAGGCCUAAUGUAUCCUGCUACCAGAGUGGCCAAAGCCAAUCCUGAAUCAAACCUUCGCAAGUGGUUCGUCUCUGCUCUGACCGAGUUUCGAGGCUUUGUGGACUUUUUCAACUCUAUUACUGAGGAAGAUUUGCGUGGUUUUUGGUGUCGUCAUGCUCGGUCUCAAUUUAUCUUGUGUGGAAACUUUCUCAUCUACCUCUUCCUACUGGCAUCUGAUCAGACACACAUUGCGGCCGCGUACCAGCUCCUGCAAGAGUUCCACCAAUCUCUAAAGCGUCUCGGGGAAACUUCCCACAAGCCCGGCAGACUUUUGAUCCGGCCUGCCAGGCUCAGGCUGGAUUCCUUCUUCCGCCAGGCCGCCACAAUUCUCCGCGGGAGUGAGGCACCCGUCAUUUAG